AUGAAUUUGCAGUCUUAUAUAAAAACUCCACGGAGCGACGACCCACGCGUCUGCACGGCAUGGCCACUGAGACUAAACGACGAGCAAAUUCAAAAUUCGAGCUGCCGUCAAAACCGGGCGCACAGACAAAAGACAGCCGAGCCGAUCAAGUCGCGCAGCACCGUCUUCCGUCAUAAAACUGUUCACCCAAUAACCCCAGCACCGGACACCAAAAUGAACAAGCUGUACAUCGGCAACCUGCCCAUAGAGGCGGACGAGGCGGCGGUGCGGCAGCUGUUCGCCGAGCACAACCUCACGGUCGCCGAUAUAUCGGUGAAGCGCGGGGGCUACGCCUUCGUCGACUUCCCCGACCAGUCCGCCGCUGACCGCGCCAUCGAUAAACUCCACGGUACGUACACAAUCCUCGACAACGCUCUGGCACUAGGGCCCACCAUCAUCAUCAUAAUUCCGUUUGAGUCCACUGCUGAACAUACACUGCCA